UUGUGAUAAUAAUAUAGAUAGGGAGAGGAAGGAAGGUAGAAGUGGGGUUCUUUCUGGGUAUAAAGCAAAGCGUGUUUGGGUACGGGGGAAAGCAAGGGAUGAUUUGAAGAGAAGAGUCUAGAAACAACACAACACAACGCGAAUGGCUACGGCGCUGGAGAAGAAAGCGAAGGAGGCAUUCUUCGACGACGAAUUCGGUCUGGCCGUCGAUCUCUACUCUGAAGCCAUACGAUUGGAUCCGAACGACGCCAAUCUCUUCGCGGACAGAGCCCAAGCCCAUAUCAAACUCAACGCUUUCACUGAAGCCGUUUCCGAUGCCAACAAAUCCAUCCAAUUAAACCCUUCCUUGCCCAAGGCCUAUCUUCGUAAAGCCACCGCUUGUAUCAAACUCCAAGAAUAUCACACCGCCAAGGUAGCGCUUCAAAACGGUGCCGCUUUUGCCCAAGACGAUUCAAGAUUCGCCAACUUGAUUCAACAAUGUGAUCGCUGCAUUGCAGAGGAAUCAAGUGGCCUUACUAGCACCUUGUCUUCCCAUUUGAGCAAUAGAAAUCAUGGGAUGACUAAAGAAGAAGCUGAAGGAGACAGUUUGCUUUCCCAAAAGAAUGAAGCCACACUAAACAGACCAAAAUACAGGCAUGAAUACUACCAGAAGCCAGAAGAAGUGGUUGUGACAAUAUUUGCAAAAGGAAUAUCAGCAAAAGAUGUGGUUGUUGACUUUGGUGAACAGAUUCUUAGUGUUACUAUUGACGUUCCUGGCCAAGAUGCCUAUCAUUAUCAACCUCGAUUGUUUGGAAAGAUCAUUCCCAACAACUGCAGAGUUGAGGUGUUGUCAACCAAAAUUGAAAUCCGUCUUGCAAAAGCUGAAGCUAUUAAUUGGACAUCUCUGGAAUAUGGCAAGAAUACACUUCCCCCAAUAAUAAAUAGGCCGAUAGUUCAAUCUGAAAGGGCUUCAUACCCAUCACCAAAACCAAGGACAAAAGAUUGGGAUAAGUUGGAAGCUCAAGUGAAAAAAGAGGAGAAAGAAGAAAAGCUUGAUGGUGAUGCUGCUUUGAAUAAAUUGUUCCGUGAUAUUUACCAAAAUGCAGAUGAGGACAUGAGGAGAGCAAUGAGCAAGUCUUUCUUGGAGUCAAAUGGAACAGUGCUAUCAACUGAUUGGAAAGAAGUGGGAUCAAAGAAGGUGGAAGGCAGUCCCCCAGAAGGUAUGGAGUUGAAAAAAUGGGAGUAUUGAUUCGGUACUUAAAUAUUCAUUUGAGCUGAUGCUUGUGAGAGUUCAAGUUUGUCUCCUCCCAACCUCCUGCCAAAAAAGAAAUUCUGUAAUUUCUUGUUAUUAUUUUGUGUUAAGAGAAAUUAAUUAGCUGGGAUAAUGACCUAAUUUGCUUUUGCUGUGGAAGUGGAUUUUAUUUUAUUGGUAUAUGUUGAUAAUGGUAAACAUGAUGAAAAUCCGGUUUUUAGUUUUUAUU